AUGACCUCCCAGCUUGACUCCAGCAAAGGAGAGCACUACGAAGAGGAACACGUCCAUACCGUGUACGAGCAGAUCGCAAGUCACUUCUCCUCGACACGCUACAAGCCAUGGCCGAUCAUCGAGCGCUUCCUCAAGCAAUUGCCACCUGCCUCAAUAGGCCUUGACAUUGGGUGCGGAAACGGAAAGUACCUCGCCGUCAAUCCUGAUGUAUUCGUUGUCGGCUCCGAUCGAUCCAGUAAGCUCGUGUCCAUUGCAUCGCAACACCAGCCACACGCUGUGGUGGUGGCAGAUAUUCUCCAUCUGCCACAUCACAUACAUUUCUUCGACUUUGCCAUCUCCAUCGCAGUAGUGCACCAUCUGUCGACGCCAGAGCGGCGCAUAGAGGCAGUCAGGUCCAUUCUCGAGACACUGAAGCCUGGCGGACAGGCCCUGGUUUAUGUUUGGGCUCUCGAGCAAGAAGGUAGUCGACGAGGAUGGAGUGAGAAGGAUGAUCAGGAUGUCAUGGUGCCGUGGGUCAUGAAGGGGUCGAAGAAGGUCAAAGCUGAUCAGCCUGCCACGGCUCCUACGGAGGACAGGACUUUCCAUCGUUACUAUCAUCUAUACCGGCAGGGAGAGCUUGAGAGCGACCUUGAAGCUGCUGGCAGUAAAGUCGUGGAGUCUGGCUACGAGAAGGAUAACUGGUGGGCUAUUGCUGAACGCACCACUUUAUGA